UGACCAGCACGUGACAAUGAUCGCCACGUGACCGCCUGUAGCCGGGGCCCGGUCGCUUCGAGAGUGGGAGUCGUGGAUCAAAGGGAAUCCGUUAUCGGGGCAGGGGUGAUCCGGCAGUUGUGAAGCUGCCAUCAUGUCAACAAAAAAGCUGACCAGUGAAGACUACAAUGAUUAUAGUUCCACAGAAAACAGUCCAGACCAUGACCACUUGAGUUCUUCACCUGAUAGUUCUUCACGGUCAUCUGAUAAUUUUGGAAAUUAUCAGCGUAUAAAUGAAAGAACUGGCACAACACCUAUUGAGACAUUAAUUCACUUGUUGAAAGGCAACAUAGGAACCGGGCUCCUCAGCCUCCCACUGGCAGUGAAGAAUGCGGGUAUUGUGCUUGGUCCAAUCAGCCUCGUUAUCAUGGGAGUGGUAGCUGUACAUUGUAUGCGUUUGCUGGUCAAAUGCAGUCGCUAUCUAUCAGCUAAGUUACAGAAACCAUAUCUAGAUUAUGGAAGCGUGGUGAUGUACAGUUUGGAAGAAUGCCCCAACCUUUGGCUGCAAAAGCAUUCUUUUGUUGGAAGGAUUUUGGUGGAGUUCUUUUUGAUCCUUACCCAGCUGGGGUUUUGUUGUGUUUACUUUGUAUUUCUGGCUGACAACAUUAAGCAGGUUGUGGAUGUAGCAAAUGCUACAAAUAAUAACUGCAAUCAAAAUGUCUCAACUUUGGAACCUGGUAGUAUGGACAGCCGUCUCUACAUGCUUAGUUUUCUGCCAUUCAUCAUUCUGUUGGUAUAUAUUCGCAACUUGAAAUACCUGGCUCCCUUUUCUCUGCUCGCCAACGUAGCAAUGUGUGUCAGUCUCGUUUUCAUCUACUGGUACAUUUUCACUAGUGCAACAUAUACAAAUGAUUUACCACCUGUAGCUGGCUGGAAAUCCUAUGCAAUGUUUUUUGGAACUGCCAUAUUUGCAUUUGAAGGCAUUGGUGUGGUACUUCCACUAGAAAAUAAGUUAGAGGAUCCACAGAAAUUUCCAUUAAUCCUAUAUUUGGGCAUGGCAAUUGUUACAACGCUAUAUUUAACACUAGGAGUCAUGGGAUACAUUCGUUUUGGGAGUGAAAUUGCAGGAAGCAUCACACUCAAUUUACCAGCCUGCUGGUUGUACCAGUCUGUGAAGAUUUUGUAUUCUUUUGGAAUCUUCAUCACCUACGCUGUCCAGUUCUUCGUUGCAGCAGAGAUAAUUGUCCCAGUUUUUGUAGCCAAGGUCUCAGAACGCUGGGAGUUGUGGGUUAACUUAGCUGUUCGAACCGUUCUAGUAAUAAUUACCUGUGUCUUGGCUAUCUUGAUACCACGUCUGGAAAUUGUGAUCACAUUAGUUGGGUCCAUUAGUAGCAGCACGCUAGCAUUAAUCUUUCCCCCACUUCUCGAAAUUACCACCUAUUAUUGUGAGGGAAUCAGCCGAUGGAAGAUUGCCAAGAAUAUUAUGAUCAGCGUGGUGGGCUUUGUGGGAUUUGUAGCUGGGACCUAUGUGUCCAUUGAAGAACUGGUGUUUUAUACAGUUCCCCUUACCAAUAUUACUGCUGGUAACCACAGAUAGUUUAGUUUAAUUCUAUUGUAUAGUGUCCAAAGUGAUUUGGAUUUGUUUACCUUUUAUUUGCUUUCCCCUAAGCACUUUAUUGUCUUCAGUGCAGAUGAAUAAGUAGUAGUCUGUACAAAACUUUGUUUAUAAGGCAGGAACAGAGGUGGUUUUGAGUGAAAUGCAUGUAACUUAAUGCCUUUGUUUUAUUAAUGGACAAUUAUGUUCGGUUUCUAGGUGGAUCCUGUGGUGUUACAAAGUUCAGAGCAGGGAAUUAAAUCACUGGUGCUAGUCAUUGAUAGUGUACUCCAAAGUUUAAUUUGUAAAUGUCUAUGUAAUCAAGUUUCUGUUUUUGUGGGGCUGUGGGAGGCUUUUGUUUUAAUAAUCUACUUAAUUUAACUUGGAAAUUCAUUUUUUACAUUUUCAAAUUGUUACAAUUUUCAGUGACAGCUUCCCGUUAAUUUUUGGUGUUAAAAAGGUUUUUUUCCUUCCAUGAUGCUCUAUAUCCAGUGCAACUUUUGUAUAUGAUUGAUAGCAAGUGCAACUUGAUCAGGUUCAGAAGGUAGCUGACCUAAGCUUCCUGUCAUUUGUGUCUUGCUUUGCAUUUGUGGUCAAGUCCAGAUACCUGUUGGUUUUUUAGAUCAGAGGUGACCUUAAAUCAGAUUGUAAUAAUAUUGUUUCCCUAUUCACCAAUUCAGACCAAAAUCUGUUUCUUGAUUCUCCCAGAUCUAAGAUGAUUUGUAUUCUUCCCCUUCCCCAUUUCCUGCUGACAGAGAUUAUGGAAAACAGACAGCUUUCACAAAGUUUUGUUUCAGUUUGAUGAGUUAUAAUGUAUUUAUUGUAAGCUGGUGAAUCCAUACCUUUUUUACAUAUUCAAAAUUAAUGUUCACUUUAUUUUUUAUCUUUGAGAAAAUAGAUCUUGUGUAGGAUUUUAAUGGCAUUUUAUUAUUAAAAAUAUUAGGGAACUGGUGAAGAAUUUACCUCAGAGACCCCUGCAAACUAUAUUACACUGAUAGUUGCACCAGUUUGUUGGAUGUAAGGUCACUUGAAAUACAUUUCAGUGCAUUCAUCUAGUGUCUAUUUUUCCUGUUUCUUUGCAAAUCUAACAUUAAUUUGUAAUUUUCAUUCUGGAGGCUAGAAAAUGGCUGGUGUACCGUGUUAUGUAGGCGAGCAGCAUUAUACUGUGUAGAGAGGUGCUUUUUAUAUUAGCUGAUACUAUAACUGUUAAUGAAAAUAUAUGUAAAAUAUGUACAGUACAUGAAGUACUACAGUUUAAUUUUAUUUGCUUAACUAAAGUAUUUUUACUUUGGGGCAGCAAAAAGGGGUUACAGAAGAGAAUCAUGUGGAAUAAACUAUAAGUGUUGGGCUUUAGUAUAAACAAAUUGAAUUUGAUGAAGAGGUUAGUUUUCAGCAUAUUAAAAGCUGUCUUAAUCUGGAGUGAAUUAUGUGAUUAUGCCACAUUUCUGCUGAUGGCAUCUGUUUGGUUCAGAAUGCCAACUAGCUGUUAAGACGCUGUUUUUAUGAGUCAUACGUAGUUAUGAGUAUUUUAGAUUGAACAAGUGGUUUGCAUUUACUUUCAACUUGGAUAAUGACUGCUCAGAUAAAAUAAUACAUUAAACAAGAUCCGUUUUUUAUAUGGAUAAGUGUUAAACAUUUUCAAGAUAGAUUGGAUUCAUUCUUGAGAUGUUUCCUCUGCUAUAAAAAAAAUUAAGUAAUUUGCACAAGGAUGAAGAAUUUUAACACUAAAUUCUAAUUAAUAUAACCAGUGCAAAAUUAGUGUUUCUAAACAAAUGAUUUUUUUUUUGUCCAAAAUAACUUGAAGAAAGGGAAAAUAAAUGUUUCAUGCACUUUGAAUUGGCUUUCUCCCCUUCAUACUUACUUUCAACUUUGUACUAUUACAGGAGUUUAUGGCUGUACUUGAUUCAAAUCAUUUUUUAUUCCUCAAAUAAUUUGUUGCAGCUCAGCAACAACUUUUUAAAAACUUGCACUUUUUAAUGUAGUAGAUUGUUCCAAGGUAUUUCACAGGAAUGAUUUCAGACAAUAUUUUACAACAAAUCAGAGAUACUAGGGCUGAUUGACAAUAAAUUUAUCAGAGUUAUAUUUAAAGAAACAGUAAUUAUGUUGUUGGAGAUGUCAACUCAUAAAGGUUAUUGAGAAUUUGGAGAGGUUAAAAUGCUAUAAUCAGUUGCUUACAGGUGGUUAGAAUUGUUUUUUUCAGUGAGUGCAAAAAUGAAUAUAAUAAUGUGCUCCCAGCAAUUACUGUCUCCAGCAGCCUGAUUAGAUUCUCAAAGAAAUAAGGCAUUACCUGUAUGUAUUUAGUGAUCAGUUCUUGAGGCCCAUUAAUGGUUAAAGAUUAGCUUUUAGAGAAUAGUCUUGAAGGCUUUGAUAUAAUUCAUGGGUAUCCAUUUUGACUAUUCAAGAUCUAUUCUACAGACUCUAAAAAGUGGCCCUUAUAUACAGCUAGCGUAGUUCAUUUCAAUCAUCUUUUGUAAUUGGUCUGCCACUGAUACGAGCAAACUUUGUUUUUAAAACACUUUAGUAGAUUUUAUGGGAAGCUAUUUGCUGAAGUUUUAAAUUGCAUGAUGCAAACAUUUUGGACCUUUAUAUUCUAUUACAUUAGUAGAGGUCAUGAUUUUAGCCACAACUCUCUGUAUACUAAUCUAUGUGUGUAAAUAAAAACCGAACGUUUGUGUGGUAUACAUCAUACAUCAAUUGAAUUACUAUUUCUGUCAAUACCGAAUGUUUACCGUGACAGUACGUAAUUGCUGGAUCAGGUUUGCACAAUAUUCAAAGUAUUAACAGUUGCUUAAUAAUUAUAUCAAUUCCUAUUAAAAUCAAACUAUCAGUCUUUUUUUUAAUAUGUAUCAAUUGUAAUGGAGGAUCAAAAGAAGGCUGCUGUAUAACCUAAAAAGGUUUGUUUCAUUCCUUUCCUCUUCCUCAUCUCCAUCCUUUCUUCCCUACCUCUUUCCUUCCAUCGUUACUCAACAGUCUGUGAGACAAAUAUCUAGCAUAGGUUAAAUGGUUAGUUCAUGGAUUAGAAUAUGCUUGUGUAUUCUGAGAAUUAUUUGUGAUCUGAAACUAAUAAUGUAAGUUUGUUAGAGUCUCCUCAGGGUAAUACAUACAACUGCUAGAUCAUCUGUCGGCUUGUUUUGUUCUAAAUUACUAUCACUGUUGUUAUUCUUCUGUAUAAUAAAUGUGCAAAUGGAAGUUGGUUGCUUUUUUUUAAUGCUAAU